CAUGAAAAUAAUUAAUCGUUGUAUGGAACUCGCAUUACAACAUGGGUGAUGCUGCAGAGUUGGAACUUUCUGUGUGGGUUCUGAGUGUCAUCGGAGCCAUCACUGCUCUGUAUUACCUGCUGAAAUGGUCUUGGCUUUGCUGGCGCGGAUUUAAAGUCUACGUGGUGUCCGAAUUUUGGCCAGUUGACCUGAGGUCGUACGGACAGUGGGCAGUGGUCACGGGAGCAACGUCGGGGAUCGGUCGAGCCUACGCCAUUGAAUUGGCCAAAAGAGGCCUGGACAUUGUUCUGAUCAGUCGCUGUGAGGACAAGCUGCAUGCUGUUGCCACAGAGAUUGAGAGUAGUUACGGCCGUCAGACUCGUGUCAUUCAGACCGACUUCACCGAGGGUCAUUCCAUUUAUCCCGCCAUCAAGGACAAACUGGCAGAUCUGGAGAUUGGCAUACUGGUCAACAACGUUGGUAUGAACUAUGCUGGAAUGUUAGUACAUUUCCUGGACGUACCAGAUCCUGAGCGAAGAAUCACACAAGUAAUCAACUGCAACAUACUGUCUGUCACUCAGAUGACCAGACUGGUUCUUCCCCGCAUGGUUGAAAGGAGCAAAGGUUUGAUAAUAAACAUAUCAUCUGAGGCUGCUUCCCAGCCCCAGCCCAUGCUAACUGUGUACUCAGCCACAAAGAUUUUCGUGACUUAUUUCUCCCGCUGUCUGAACUCAGAAUACCGAUCACACGGGGUUGAAGUUCAGUGUGUCACUCCAUUUGUGGUGUCCACUAACAUGACCCAUAAUAUAGCGGUGAAUCUCCUGGUGAAGAGCGCGCCAUCAUUUGCUCGUGAUGCUCUCAAUACUGUGGGCUAUUCCUGUUACACCAGUGGCUGUCUGACACAUGCUCUGCAGCACAUUGCUCUGUCCAUCCUUUUCCCAGACUGGCUGCGUCUCUCUUCCUUCUGCGUGGAACAAACAGAACGAUUUGCCCGCACUAAACAAAACUGGAUCAAAGAGUCUGUUGCUCAGACCGCCAAGAAGGAGGAAUGACCAAAGAUCAGACUAUUUAUUCAAACUGGCUUCUCCAAAAAAAAAAAAGAUCCAGUUAGUUAAACUGGAUGUAUGUUCACCUUGGCACACAUUCCUGAUGUGCUAAAUAUUUCUUUGUGAUUGGAGGUUUCAUAGGAAUGGAUAUAGGCAGAAAUGGAUAUGACUUUAAUGAACUAUUCCAUGCCUGUUUUAUCCUGAGACAUCAGGCAGUGCUAUAGGAAAGUUUAAACUGUGUUUGUUUUCCAUGAGAGGCGUUUCUUUAUAUUUAUUGACUGUCUUUUAAAGAAGAGAUAUGUGUGUUUGAGUAAAUAUUGACACAUUUAUGUUCCUGCUUUACUGGUUAUGAUGACGGGUUCUUGCGAAAUCGAGAUCUUUGUUUGUAGUAUAUACAUUGAUAAUUGUGUGUGUGUGUGUGUGUGUGUGUGAGAGAGAGAGAGAGAGAGAGAGAGAGAGAGAAGGUAGCAGUAUGCGAGUGUGUAGAACAAAUAGAUAAUAACAGUGACAGGCUGUAACAGAUGAGACCAAAGUGAGAGACAAAAACAAAAGAAUUUUCACCGAAUCUCAUGAACGAUGUUUAUUAUGUACUCUUCACUACGACCAGCCACAUGGUGCUUCACUGAGAUUAACUGCUGUUUUAAAUUCAGUGUGUUUGUAACAGGGUUGGUUUUUGUAUUUCCUGCUUUGAUACUGUAUUCGUUCAAUGAUCACGUGUAUCUCCUUUUCAUUACUGAGUAAAU